AUGUUUCAAGCCAUCUCCAGAUCUAGUGCUCGUGGGUUGGCAUUUUCGGCUCGGUUGCGCAAACCCGCAGCUGCUGCAACCCAUGAAUAUUUGACCACAGGUGGGUCCACGCAAUCUGUUUGGCCUAAAGGCUUCAGACAACCGCAACCUAAGACUUGGGAAGAAAGCAGCGAGUCCGCAUUGCUGAAGGCAACCAAGUUUUUCUUCUUGAACGAAAUUGCCAGAGGUAUGUACAUCUGUAUGGAGAUGUACUUCCGCAGUCCAUACACCAUCUACUAUCCAUUUGAGAAGGGACCAAUCUCUCCUCGUUUCAGAGGCGAACACGCUUUGAGACGUUAUCCAAGCGGUGAGGAAAGAUGCAUUGCGUGCAAGUUAUGUGAGGCCAUCUGCCCAGCGCAAGCCAUCACCAUCGAAGCCGAAGAAAGAAUCGAUGGCUCCAGAAGAACUUACAAGUACGACAUUGACAUGACCAAGUGCAUCUACUGCGGCUACUGCCAGGAGUCGUGUCCUGUGGACGCUAUUGUCGAGUCGCCCAACGUGGAGUACAGUACUGAGACUCGUGAGGAGUUGUUGUACAACAAGGAAAAGUUGUUGGAGAAUGGAGACAAGUGGGAACAAGAGUUGCAAUACUGUAUUGAUGCUGAUGCACCAUACAGAUAG